UCGACGUGUGAAUACGCUAGUUUAUGACAAGUCAUAUAAUGUGGACUACUAUUCAAAGACUAUUUUCCCACAUAAUGGCUACCAACGAUAGCACAGCGCUGGUGUUGAGUGAAGAUUAUAAUGUGAUAUGGCCACAAAACAAUUCAGCGAUAGAAUUAACAACGUUUGGUAGGCAAUUGCUGCAAAAGUGCGCAAUUGUAAAUAAACCAGAUGGAGGUAACAUAAGUAUUGAAAGCUUCAUGGUGCAAUCGAACAACUUUCCUUUGCAAUUUGGCACCGAUACUUGUCGUGUAACGAGUCAGCCCGCCCAACGUCAUUCAGCAAUCAGAGAGCAAAUAGCAUCUGCGUAUCCUUUGAUACAUGAAAGAGUACUCCACUUGUAUUUAGCAUUUUUGGAGCAUAAAAACAAAUAUGGUAACGAAAUAGAACGUGCGAUUUAUGCGGACAUGACGCUCACUGCACUUGUACAAAGACUUUUGAUUAAGCGUUGUGCUGCAUUUUAUGGUUGUAUAGAUAAAUACCUGCUCAUCACAGGCGAAAAAGGUUAUGGUGGUUUCUGUGAAGUUGGCACUGACGAAGAAAAAGCACCGCUGCAAUUAAAAAAUGUUUUGAGUUACGAUGAAAUUAAGCUCUCCGCUUUCCUCUCUAUCUCUUCACAAACCGAAUUCAUAAAUGAUGGCAGCCGUUAUAAUGAAGGCGCAGUUGAGGUUGACAAAUCGAAAAUUGAGACCGAUGGUAUAGUGAUCGGCAUGAUUGGUGGACGCUUUCAAGUUAGGGAGGUAAUGGAGUGGCAAGAUAUAAUGAUAACUGCCACACAGAAUACAAAGGAGAAUGGCUAUGGUUUCACAACACAGGAGGCAGCAGUAGCUAAUAAACGCAAUGUAGAUUAUCGUCGUAUUUGGACAGAUUUUUAUGAAGAAGCGGAUUUAAUAUACGAGAAAGUAAACGCACAGCACUCGAAACGUUUUUUCAAAAGACCACAUGUUAAUUACAUUUUUGAUAAUUUAAUGAUGAAGAAGCGCUAUGCCAUCGCCUUCGAUACGCUAUUAUUAGAAGCAGAAUCACGCGGUGCUUACCUUAACAAACAAAUAUAUAUACAUGUGGUGGGCAUAGGUUUGGGUUCGUGGCGUGCGGUGCCGCAGCAAGAGAAAAUAUUCUUAGAGACUUUUGGCGAACGUUUGCAGCAGCUAUUACCACAAUUGGCACACAUUUCUGUUGUGCAUUUCUCCUAUUUCGUUUUGUCCGCCUGGGCAAAUCUGCAGGAUGGCGGCCUAAUGUUGUCGGAAACACACCCAGAAGGCGGUAUUAAAAUAUUUAUGAGCAAUCGGAAUCCCUCAGAAAAGCUGCCACCGGAGUAUAAAAAUAUGUUGGUGUUGGAGUCAUACGCUUGGGCGGGCAAUGCAUUACCGGGAAACGAUUUUUGGCUGGGAGCCUUAGCUUCGUCUGGGGAUCCUGCUGCUGCUUGCAGUUCACUCAUUUCUGAACUGCAUAAUCCGCACAUAAACACAGAAAUGGUAAACGGCAACAAUUUACAUGUUGUAUCCCCUCGUUUUGGCAUUCUACAUAUUGCAGAUUAUGCAAAGAAAAUUUUACAAUAAUACAAUAUUUGUUAAAAUGUAUUUUUAAUAUAAGUGUGAAUGUAAAUUUUGUA